CUCAUCAGAAUCCAGAGUCCAGACGCGAGAACUCACACCGACGGACAUGGGGAACUGCCAGGCGGCGGACGCGGUGGCCGUGGUGAUCCAGCACCCGGGCGAUGGCAAGGUGGAGCGCCUCCACUGGCCGACCACCGCGGCGGACGUCAUGCGCAGGAACCCCGGCCACUACGUCGCCCUCGUCGUCCUGCACCACGCCGACGCCGAGUCCGGCCCCGCCGUCGCCGGAGAAAGAGGAGGUGCCAGGAUAACCAAGAUCAAGCUCCUCAAGCCAAGGGACACGCUCCUCCUCGGCCAGGUCUACCGCCUCAUCACCUCCCAAGAGGUGACCAAGGCCGUGAAGACGAGGAAGCAGGAGAGGAUGCGCGGCUGCGACGAGGUGAUUGAGCAGCAGCGGCCACGGCUGCACCGGCGGCGGCAACAGCAGAGGCCCAGGGGCGACGACGCGGCCACGGCCGCCAACGGAGAACAGAGCCAGCCCGCCGACCACCAGGAACGGAAGCGGCUGGAGAUGGACCGGCACCACCGGAGCAUCACCGCCGCCCGCGGCAGAGGCAGAGGCGGGCACUGGCGCCCGGCGCUGCAGAGCAUCACGGAGUCGUCGUCGAGCGCUAGCGGACACACCGACUGCGAGGAUACACGUAAAUGAACUAGAAAAGUAGAACAAGGUAUUGGCGGUGCUAGAAAUGUACGUACAUUAGGCGAUCUGAAUGUAUCCCAUCGGCUGCUCUCCUGUUGGAAUCCGUUUUGGAGAUACAGUAGCAUGCAUUGCCCGUUCUUAAUUUUCUUUUUCUGAAGAUUACCCGUUCGUCGAGGAUCUAGCGUUUUACCUUUUUUUUUU